GCAUCCGGGCCCCACUGGGUGGGGCGCGGUGGCGGCCGGGGGUUGGCGGGGAGUGUAGACGUGGCAGGCAGCGGGCGGGGGAGCGGCGGUGUCGGAAACCGGAAGCGGGUCGAGCAGCAGCGCCGGGAGAGGUGGGCAGCGGCGGUGAGAUUAGUUUGGGGAUGUGAAUACAAUGAGUGUAAACCAGCCAGCUCACACAGGGCCUCCUUACGGGCGACCUCAGCCUGGAUAUCAGGGAUACCAGCAGCCUGCCUACGGAGGACAGCCAUUGCCAGGGGUUCCUCAAUUGCAGUAUGGAGCUUAUAAUGGUCCGAUGCCAGGAUAUCAACAGCCAGCCCCUCCACAAGGUUACUUUCCUUCCUUGGGGUUCCCUUCGAAGGGCUCUCCUGUUUCUGUCAACUCUGACACUUCUUCUCUUGCUCCUAAUUUCAUAGGCUCAUUAAGAGCCCCUUCAACAUCUGGAGCAUCUCUUCCUUCUGAUCACUUGACAUACAGUCCAUUUGGACAGGGAGAUGUGCAAAAUGGGAUUCCAACCUCAGCAGCCCCGAUGCAGAGGCCACCUGCUUCUCAGCCGUAUCUGCCAGGCUCAGCAUCCAUGCCUGUCACCCAGACACCUACGUUCCAGCAAUAUGGUCCACCCCCAGCCAGUGUACAGCAGCUCAGCAAUCACAUGGCAGGGAUGACAAUUGGCACUAUUGCAGCCUCUGCUCCUCCCCCAGCUGGACUAGGAUAUGGUGCCCCAAGGCCACCUACCAUGCCAGGCCCACCACUGCCUGGGCAGACAGCUGCUGGACCACCAGCGUCCCAGCCUAAUCAUGUAUUCUCACCACCACCUCCAACAUCUAUGUCAGGGCCACAGCCUGGGCCUCCCAUGAGUGGCCUCCAUGGACCCCCUCCUCCGACUCAUCCUCCUCAGCCAGGAUACCAAAUGCAGCAGAACGGUUCCUUUGGGCAGGUGAGGGGUCCUCAACCAAACUAUGGAGCAGCCUAUCCAGGAGCACCAAAUUAUGGAAGGCAGCCUGGACCACCACCUCCACCCAAACGCUUGGAUCCAGAUUCCAUUCCUAGCCCUCAACUUAAUGAGCUGCCACCCCAGCAGAAACCCAGGCACAGAAUAGACCCAGAUGCAAUUCCUAGUCCAAUUCAAGUGAUUGAAGAUGACAGAAAUAACUGUGGGUCAGAACCAUUUGUCACUGGAGUGAGAGGGCAGGUCCCACCUCUUGUUACUACAGAUUUCUUGGUCAAGGAUCAAGGUAACGCAAGCCCCCGCUACAUAAGAUGCACAUCUUACAAUAUUCCCUGCACCUCAGAUAUGGCCAAACAGUCUCAAGUUCCUCUAGCUGCUGUCAUAAAACCGUUGGCAACUCUACGCCCAGAGGAGACCCUUCCUUAUUUGGUAGACCAUGGAGAAUCCGGUCCUGUGCGCUGUAAUAGGUGCAAGGCUUACAUGUGCCCUUUUAUGCAAUUCAUUGAGGGUGGAAGGAGGUUCCAGUGUUGUUUCUGCAGCUGUGUCACUGAGGUGCCACCUCACUACUUCCAGCAUUUGGAUCAUACUGGAAAGCGAGUAGACUUCUAUGACCGACCUGAGUUAUCACUGGGGUCUUAUGAGUUUCUAGCAACAGUUGACUAUUGCAAGAAUAACAAGUUUCCCAGUCCCCCUGCUUUCAUUUUCAUGAUUGAUGUGUCUUACAACGCUGUAAAGAGUGGCUUAGUGAGACUAAUAUGUGAAGAAUUAAAGUCACUUCUAGAUUACCUGCCCAGGGAAGGCAACAUGGAAGAGUCAGCCAUUCGAGUAGGCUUUGUCACCUACAACAAAGUGUUACACUUCUACAAUGUGAAAAGCUCCCUUGCACAGCCACAAAUGAUGGUUGUCUCAGAUGUGGCAGAUAUGUUUGUGCCUCUCCUUGAUGGUUUUCUGGUGAACGUGAACGAGUCCAGGACAGUUAUUGCCAGUUUGCUGGAUCAGAUUCCAGAAAUGUUUGCAGACACAAGAGAAACAGAAACUGUUUUUGCACCGGUGAUUCAAGCAGGGCUCGAGGCACUGAAGGCAGCUGAGUGUGCUGGAAAGCUCUUCAUUUUCCACACUUCUCUGCCCAUUGCAGAGGCCCCAGGAAAGUUAAAGAACAGGGAUGAUAAGAAACUGAUCAACACAGAUAAGGAGAAGACUUUGUUUCAGCCGCAGACAAGCUUUUACAACAACUUGGCCAAGGACUGUGUGACCCAGGGCUGCUGUGUGGAUCUGUUCCUGUUUCCAAACCAGUAUUUGGAUGUCGCGACACUAGGUGUAGUCACUUACCAGACUGGAGGCUCCAUUUAUAAGUAUGCAUAUUUCCAGCUGGAGACUGACCAGGAUAGGUUCCUGAAUGACCUGAGAAGAGAUGUCCAGAAAGAAGUGGGAUUUGAUGCUGUAAUGAGAGUGCGCACAAGCACAGGUAUUCGAGCAACUGACUUCUUUGGAGCUUUCUAUAUGAGCAACACCACUGACGUAGAGAUGGCAGGUUUGGACUGUGAUAAAACAAUAACAGUGGAAUUCAAGCACGAUGACAAACUGAGUGAAGACAGUGGUGCACUCCUUCAGUGUGCUCUGCUAUAUACAAGUUGUGCAGGACAGCGACGACUCCGCAUUCACAACCUGUCCUUAAACUGUUGCACACAGCUUGCUGACCUCUAUCGAAAUUGUGAGACAGACACACUCAUCAAUUACUUGGCUAAAUAUGCAUAUCGUGGAGUUCUGAGUAGUCCAGUAAAGACUGUACGGGAUGCAUUGAUCAGCCAGUGUGCCCAGAUCCUAGCUUGCUACAGAAAGAACUGCGCUAGUCCCUCUUCUGCUGGCCAGCUGAUCCUUCCUGAAUGCAUGAAGCUGCUUCCUGUGUACUUGAAUUGUGUGUUGAAGAGCGACGUCCUUCAGCCUGGUCUAGAGGUCACAACAGAUGACCGUGCUUACAUUCGUCAGUUAGUCACAUCCAUGGAUGUGGCUGAAACAAAUGUUUUCUUUUAUCCUAGGCUUUUGCCCCUGACCAAAGCAGAUGUUGACAGUGACUCCUUGCCAGCAGCAAUCCGGAACUCAGAAGAACGUCUUUCCAAGGGUGACAUAUACCUGUUGGAGAAUGGGCUGAACAUCUUUGUGUGGGUGGGAGUCAACGUGCAACAAGGCUUGAUCCAGAACCUCUUCGGAGUGUCAUCCUUCAGUCAGAUUAGCAACGGCUUGAGUACCCUGCCUGUCUUGGAAAAUCCCUUUUCAAAGAAAGUACGAUCUAUUAUUGACAUGCUUCAAAUGCAGAGAUCCCGCUACAUGAAGUUAAUAAUUGUGAAGCAAGAAGAUAAGCUGGAAAUGCUGUUCAAACACUUUCUAGUGGAGGACAAGAGCCUGAGUGGGGGGGCUUCAUAUGUGGACUUCCUGUGUCACAUGCAUAAGGAGAUUCGGCAGCUACUGAGCUAGAGGAGGGAGUGGUGCUGGAACUCGGCAGUGACAUUUCAGUCUCCACUAAUGACCUGAUCUGACGGUCCAGCGCCCUCAAAAAGGACAGCAUAGAAAUCUGUACAAUUCCAUAAUUUUUAAUACACAUUGCAUAAGCAGAAAUCCUUUCAACCUCUCCCAGUCCCGUAUGAGAGAUGACAAAUUUUCCUGGUGAGGGCUAAAAAGAAGCAAAAGGCCUUUGAUACCAGGUCUUUUACUUGUAUCUAAAUUGUUUCCUGUGCUUGGCAGGAGUUCACCCCCCCUCCCCAUGCUCGCUAAUCCUGUCUUAAUGAAUGUAGGUUUUUUCAGUUCACUGUACAUGAUUCAACAUUGGGUGAAAAAGCGAUAACU